UAUGAAUUGCACCACACUUCUGUCAUUAUAUAUUCAACCCACCCUCACCUUAGUUCUAAAGGCAGACUCAUCAAACACCAGAUCACUAUUCUGUAUUCAGUAUUCAGUAUUCAGUAUUCAGUAACAAAAGAAAUACUGUUAUCAUCUAACAAACAAAAUGCAGGCUGCUACUUGCUUUGUUCAACCACUUUUCCCUUGUAAUAAAUCUUCCAUUUUUAUCAGCUCCCCUGUUAAAACAACCAUCUCUUUAACUAAUAAUUCCCGUGCUUCCCCAAUCAAUGCCGCUUCAUCAGCACCUUAUGAGUCAUUAUCAGUUAACUACAACUCUCCGUUCUCGGUGUUUCCUGCAGAAGCGUGUGACAUUGUUGGGGGAGAUGCUUGUGCAGCAGUAAUCUAUCCUGAAACUAAACUUGAUAAACCAAAGGAAAACAAUAGAAACACUGUUGAACAGUUUGAUAGGGACUACUUUGAUUACAACAGUGAACCCAAAAGUGUGCUUAGGGGAGAGGCAUGUGAUGAUCUUGGGGGUGAAUUUUGUGAGCCUCUUUAUAUGAGAGAUUGAGAGGGAAAUCAUGCUCAAAGAUUCGUGUUAAUUACUUUGUUUGAUAAUCUACUUGUAUAGAUAUUGUAUAAGCUUGGUAACAACUACUCCGUAGUAAAGGUACUUGUACUUAUGGUCUUGAGACGCUUAUAAAUUACUCCCUCCCUCCCAAAAUUAUAGCCCUGUUUUUCAAAUAGGACGUCUCAAAAUUAUAGUCCUAUUUCUAUUUUUGGCUAUUAAGGUCCUCACUUUCUCAUGUACUAUAUUAAUUAAAAUAUGCAUUGAAAACACAACAAAACAAAACAAAAACAAGUACUAUAUUCCAAUUCCCCUUGUACUAUAUUUCUCUUUCCCAUGUCCUUUAUUCUACUUUUCCAUAUAAAUCAAUGAUAAUUUGUACUUUAUUUCA